UACGUGCCUUGUGUCGUCUCCACUCCAACGAUUGUUUGGCGGUUGGAAUUCAUAAAGAGCGGUUUGUUGAACCGUGCCCGAAUAUCCUUCCUCCAUCGCUGUCGUUACUCACCCCCUCACCGUAAACGCUCACGAUCUUUCACCGUCCAUCCUUUUGACUUCACAAUGACCGCGCCCGUCGCCAAUCUGCGGACAGCGCUCCUCCCCGUGCUCAACCUUCUAGGCGCAUCCAUCACUGGAUUCAACCCAUUCCCAUUCAACCCAGGUUUCAACAUCGAGAACGUUACUUCCCUGGCCGUUUCCCUACCUUCUCACUCAUGGGAAUACGGCGUGACCACCCAGGCGCUCCUUGAACUUUACGAACCCCAACACUCCGUAUUUGGCGAUCGCCCAUUCCCUGUCCCUGUCCUCCCUCGUAACGCUUCGCGAUCCCUAACAUAUGUCGCGGACAAGAUCCGAUGGGGAGACCAGCGCUUCGACGCCUUGGAUGCUGGAAACGGAGCAGCAGGAGAUCCUGCAAGCAUGGGCGUGGCUGCCGUCAUGCUAGGAAAGACAGAGGAGAGGUUUGCUGAGGCUGCCCACCGCACAGCGGCGGGUCUCCUUGAGGAUGUCCCACGUUUUGCCAAUGGUGCAAUCUCCCAUCGGGCAGCACUGCCCGUUCUAUGGGCUGAUUUCAUGUAUAUGGUCCCCCCAUUCCUGGCAUACUACGCUGCGGACAACAACAAUGAAGACCUCCUCCGCGAAACCGUCAGGCAAUGUCGCCUUUAUCGCGAGGUACUGCAGGCCAACAGUUCCGAGCCAUGGAGCGGUCUCUGGAGGCACAUUAUCGGCCCUGAGGCUGAGGACCCCCGCUUAUGGGCGACGGGGAAUGCUUGGACAGCUGCAGGCAUGGCCCGUGUGCUCGCCACAGUUAUGAAAGCGCCCGUCUCUCAAGGUAAAGCUUGGAGGCAGGGAUCCAUUGACCAGUUGACCACCUAUAUCAAGGAGAUCCUUGACGGUGCAAUCAACGCUCCCCACGACGAUGGCCUCAUCCGCAACUAUAUGGACGACCAGUCGUCCCCCAAUGGCUUCGGCGAGAUUUCGGGAAGCUCGCUCCUCGCUGGCACUGCCUACCGCAUGGCUGUCAUUGACCCACAAACAUUUGGCCGGCGCUAUAUUGAGUGGGCGGAUGGAAUUCGAGCGACCCUUUCUGGUCGGGACAGGAAUGGAAACCCUCAUGUUACAGAAACCGGCGUCGUCACCCCCGCAGUUAACCCACUUGGCUGGCGAGACCCCAACCCCUUGACCACUGGAAGCCCGGAAGGCCAGGCGUUUGUCGUUCUCAUGUAUACUGCAUGGAGGGACUGCGUCAAGGCGGGUAUCUGCUCUCGUCAUCCCGAAGGGUCUGGCGCUAGCGUUUCGUCCAACCAAGGGCGAACCGGCCCUGUCGGUUCGCGAAGAAUGGUCAAACGGAGCCACCAUGCCCUUCAGCGACGCGCCGUUGACCAUCAUCAUUCGAACUAA